CCAUAUCAGAGAAGUUCACCUGCCAAGACGCGAAGUUCUCACAUCUGUUACCGGAGAGCUGGAACCUUGAAAACCUUCUCGAUGAAGUGCAAGAAAUUCUUGUCAAUUCCGGUUCUCGCGGUGUUUUUAUUGAUGGGUUUUGUGUAUUACAUAACAGUCUUCGUUUUUAUUGAGGAUUGGGUGGGAUUGCAGAGCUCAGCUGGGUCUUUGAACGCUUUGAUUUUCACUUUCAUGGCUUCUCUCUGUGUCUUCUCUUUCUUCGUGUGCGUUGUCACUGAUCCAGGUCACGUUCCUUCCUCCUAUGCCCCUGACGUUGAAGGAACUGGAGGCUCAGAUCAAGAGUCCGAUAAAAAUGGUGAACAACUCAAGCAAUGUGACAAGUGCCAUGCAUUCAAGCCUCCCAGGGCUCACCACUGCCGGGUCUGCGGAAGAUGUGUUUUAAGAAUGGACCAUCACUGUAUCUGGAUAAAUAACUGUGUUGGUUUCUGGAACUAUAAAGCGUUUUUUACACUUGUUCUAUAUGCAACUAUUGGAAGCAUCUACUCUACGGUCAUGUUAAUAAGCUGUGCAUUUCAAAUGGAUUUCACGGGAAGGCUUGCCCUCAAGGUUUUUUAUAUUUUUUGUGGGGCACCGACAGUUGCCUUGAGUUCAACACUCGCAACUCUCUUGGGCUGGCAUGUGUACCUAAUCACUCAUAACAUGACAACCAUUGAGUAUUAUGAAGGAACACGGGCGGCAUGGUUGGCUAGGAAGUCUGGGCUGAAUUAUCGACAUCCAUUUGACGUUAGUGCCUACAAAAAUAUAACAUCGGUGCUGGGUUCAAACAUGCUGAAAUGGUUCUGCCCCACGGCAGUGAGUCAUCUUAGAGAUGGAAUCAACUUUCCUACUUCGCAUGAUAGCUGAUAUAGGUGUCUUGGUUCUAUUCCCAGUCGUGUUUAUAUCCAGCAUAGGAGGAACUAUCGAUUUGUUCAUUUUGUUCUCCUUCAUGUAAAAAAGAAGCUCAAAGCAAUCGAUUGGAAUCAAUUGCACAACACCUGAAUAAGCUCGUGCACGCUCUCUGCCAGAGAAAGGUGAAUCACAAAUCUUAGGUUCUGUAAAUUAGAUUCAACGGUAUUAUGUUUUCGCUCGUGAGUGUUUCCGUUUUUUCGAUGUUUGCUUAGGAUACACGAAUCCAUGUAUGAGGUUGUACACAAACAUUUGUAACGUAAAUUAUACAUUAUACUUUUUCAGAGUUCUUGGCAACUGGUGAAAGAUCCUUCUUUAGACAAGCUAA